AACGAAAGCCCCAAAAAAGAACACAAACAAAAUCCAAGGGUUUUAGGAAGAAUUAAGAGAGAUUGGAACUCUUCCCUUCUGAAGUGAUUCAUUCCACUUCUAUGCCAUGAAGUUCCUUCAAUCUCUCAUUGUUCAAUCACGUUAUGCUGUGCGUGUCGGGUCACUGAAUCGGGUUUCUGGACUCCGAUUCUUCGCCGUUUCCACUGAAGAGUACGCCAAGAGAAACUAUGCAAACAACGUUUCCGAGUAUAACACUGUUUUGGGCUCUCUCACUUCAAAAAGAAGGACUUUCUUGCUGAGAGAUGUGUAUGAAGAUAUGAUGCUUGAUGGGGUGAAACCUUCGCGCGACACUUUCCAUUCCCUUGUUGCGGGAACUAUGAAAGCAGCUAGGAUGCAAGAUGCUUUUUUCUUCGUGGACCAAAUGAAAACUAUGGGUUUGCUCCCUGAUGUUACUUUGUACAACUUUCUGAUUUCGACCUGUGGGAAAUGCAAGAACUCUAAUAAGGCUAUUCAGAUUUUGGAGGAAAUGAAACGCAUGGAAGUAAAGCCUAAUGUACAAACCUACAUCUGCUUGCUAAAUGCUUGUGCUGCCGAUGGACGCAUAGACCGAGUGUAUACAAUUGUCCGUGAUAUGAUAGCUGCUGGUCUGGGAUUGAACAAGUUCUGCUAUGCUGGGCUUAUAGUUGCACACAAGAAUAAGACACCUCUUGUUGAUGAUUUUUCUGCAAAAGUUAUUGAGUUUGUGGAGAAGUCAAAGAUGUGGUCUUCAGAUGAAACCAACAGUGCCAAUGCUGAGAAUGUGAUGAUGGGUGUUAGUGAUGAAGAAUUAUACAACCUACCAACAGCAGAUUAUAUUCAUAGGCGUGGAGGGUUUUUGAAUCGACCAUUUACAGCAUAUCACACUGCAUUUCAUGCUGCUGCAGACCUAAAACUUGUUGAGUUAACGAACACACUAUUGGACAUGCUGAACAAGGACGGAAAAACUCCUGAUGUCUUUAUUAUGAUGCAAGUAGUCAGGUGCUAUUGUCAUGCAGGAGAAAUUGACCUUGCUCUUCAAACUUUUGAGAACUACAUAAACGAGGGAAGGGUUAUUGCUGCAGAACUUUUUGUGACUCUCGCAGAAGGGGCAAUGGCUGGGUACACUGAGAAAGGAAUGCAAAUUGCUCAAGAUAUUCUGGUAAGGAUGAACGAAAGAAAUUUUUUUGUGAAUAGCAGAUUGGGAAGUGAGCUCCUGCUUGUAGCUGCAGGAGAGAAGACCGGGGGAUAUACCACUGCCAACUACAUAUGGGACAUGAUGCAAGUUCGGAAAAUUAACGCCUUAUUUCCUGCGGUAGAAGCAUAUUACCAAGGCUUAAAAGAUCGAGAGAUUCCUGAAGAUGAUCCAAGACUUCUUAUGGUUUCUAAUGCAUAUAAAAGAAUGAAUACGAGAAGCGGGAACAGACAAUUUUAAAGUCAUACUACUUAAGUCACCAGAAUUAUUGGUUUGAUUCAUGUAUCACAUGGUACGUAAGUCCCAAGUUUAACUAAAUUAUUGUAUUUUAGGAGAUUAUGUAGAGCACUUUUUACCGUUUUCCAACAUCUGAUAGAUCAAGGUUUUCUGUUUUGAAAUAAUUAUUUCUCUGUAAUACACGAGGCACCAUUGAUGUUAAGUUAUUUCAAUGUCAAUGUCAAUGUCAUUGCAGACUCUAAA